AUGGCCACCCGAAGGCACGGUGGCCAGCAGCAGCAGCAGCAGCAGGGCCGGUGCAGUCACCGGCACAAAGGCACCGUCACUCGUGGCUCCGGAGCCGUCCAUCAUGGGAAGGUUGAAGUGACAAAAGAGGGAGUGAAGCUCUGCACCAUGGGACCUGGCAAAGUUUUUGGGGAGUUAGCCAUCCUCUACAACUGCACCCGGACAGCUACUGUCAAAACUCUCGUAAAUGUGAAACUUUGGGCUAUUGAUCGGCAAUGUUUUCAAACAAUAAUGAUGAGGACAGGCCUCAUCAAGCAUACUGAGUAUAUGGAAUUUUUAAAAAGYGUUCCCACAUUCCAGAGCCUUCCCGAGGAGAUCCUUAGUAAGCUUGCAGAUGUCCUGGAAGAGACUCACUAUGAGAGUGGAGAGUACAUCAUCCGCCAAGGGGCUCGAGGGGACACCUUCUUCAUCAUCAGCAAAGGGAAGGUGAACGUUACCCGGGAGGACUCCCCCAGUGAAGAUCCCGUCUUUCUCCGCACUCUGGGGAAGGGGGAUUGGUUUGGAGAAAAAGCCCUCCAAGGGGAGGAUGUCAGGACAGCCAACGUCAUCGCAGCCGAAGCGGUCACUUGUCUGGUCAUAGACAGAGACUCCUUCAAGCACCUGAUCGGGGGCCUGGAUGAUGUCUCCAACAAAGCCUACGAGGAUGCAGAAGCAAAAGCAAA